AUGGCGGAAGACAACGCGAUUAACAUUAUUGUGGCAACAGUAAUACUCUUGUACUUGUCGGUGGUUACUUAUAACCUGUUUAUUCAUCCACUGAAAGACUUUCCCGGCCCGCGAACGCUAGCCGCCAGCAGGAUCCCCGUAACCUAUGCCUCUCUAAAAGGUAUUCAAACACAGUGGCUCCAUAACCUUCAUCUGAAGUAUGGACCUGUCGUACGUGUGGCUCCUAAUGAGAUGAGCUUUAUCGACGAACAAGCCUGGAAAGAUAUAUAUAGCAGUUCACCCACGGUGCCACAAAGUAUGAAGAGAGGGUCUGAUUUCUUCAGAUAUCUCGAAGAUGAUGACAAUCGGCCCUCUAUCCUAGCAGCCGAUGAGACUGAUCACCCAAGGAUCCGGAGAGCCUACGCGCCAGCAUUUUCACGGCGAGCCUUAGCUCGCCAGGAACCAAUCCUAGCCAAGUAUGGCGACGCUCUCAUUGAAACCCUUUCCGGAAUGGAAGGGCAAGUCACAAAUAUACGCGAUAUGUUCCAUUAUACACUUUUUGAAAUUGUUGGGCAUUUUCAGUACGGUGAGGAAAUGGGCGUCUUGCGAACAGGGGCACGUAAAUCGUGGGUACACAGCCAGCCCGAAUUAUUAAAAGCGUCGACUCUACUAUCAGCUCUCGCUGACUUCACCUGGAUCAACCUUUUGCUCCGGUGGAGCAUACCCUGGAUGUCCAAAUGGCUCCGCAAGGCUUACUUCAAGCCUUCGAAUGACCUCAUAGACCAUCGACUUCAGAUCCAAAGCGACGAGCCUGACCUUGUCGGUCUUACAUUUCGCAACAGUCGCAGCUCAGCUUUGACUGAAAAGGACAUUCGUGCCAAUGCUCACAUCAUGAUGCUUGGAGGAGCAGAAACAACCCUGGGCCUCAUGACAUUUUUGACUGCGUGCCUCCUCCAGCACCCCGAGUGCUUUGCGCGUCUCAAAAACGAGAUUCGCACAAGUUACCACGAUAAGAAGGAGGUCUCUCUGGAAUCGGUAUCGAAGCUUGCUUACUUGGAUGCUUGUAUCAAGGAGGCUUUAAGAAUGUACCCCCCGAUCCCUGGGGCUAUACAUCGUGUUACCCCUGCAGGUGGGGCAUCCAUAGCUGGUCACUGGGUCGCAGGAAACACACGGGUCUAUAUUCCAAUUUAUGCAGCCACACAUUCACCAACCCACUUCUGGAACCCUGACAGAUUUAUUCCUGAUCGAUGGCUAGAGGGUGCAGAAGGCCCGUACCAGAAAGAUAUCAAAGCGGCAUGUCAUCCCUUUUCGACAGGACCGCGGGGUUGUAUUGGCCAAGACAUGGCAUAUGGCAUGACAAAGGUGGUGUUCUGCAAAUUUGCAACAGAGUUCAACUGCGAACUCGCGUCUAAUGAUACCAGCCCCUGGCUCACAGGUCUUCGUUCAUGGGGAACAUGGGAUGUGCCGCCACUCAUGUUGCGGGUAUCUAGAGUAGAAAAGGCCAGCAUCUGA